UUGGAGAUUAGAGGCUCAUGGUCCGUGACCUCAAAUAACCUCAAGAUGGCGUCGCAAAAGCGUAAAAAUUUCCGCCGUCGUCGGGAAUCUAGUGACGAGGAGGAGGAAUCUGUGCAGGAAGUGAGUUCGAUUCUGGAGGAGGCAAAGGAAGCCCAGAAGUUCCGUCAGCGACCCAAGGGAGUCAGUGCUGCAGCCUUGGCACUUGGAAAGAAGCUCUCUGGAAAUGCUGCUCUUGUUAAUGACCCCUUCAAGUUGAGGACUGGAGGUUUUGUGGACAUGAAAGCUAUCAAAGACAGGAACAGAGACAGGACAGGAGAAGAGGAUGACAAGGACCUGUCAGAUUUGGGAACAUCCUUCUCCGCUGAGACCAACACCAGAGAUGAGCAUGCGGAGAUGAUGAAGUACAUUGAAGUGGAGAUGAAGAAACGAAAAGGCCAAGAAAAGGAAAAGGAGGCAAGCCAAGCAAAGAUGAAAGGAGCAGAAGAUUUGCUUUAUGAAUUACCAGACAGAUUAAAGGCUGCCACAUCCACCAGGUCUGAGGAGAUGUUGUCCAAUCAGAUGCUGAGUGGCAUACCUGAGGUGGAUCUUGGGAUAGAGGAGAAGAUCAGAAACAUUGAAGCCACUGAAGACGCCAAGCAGAGACUUCAGGAACAGAUGAGGAAGAAGAAGGACAAGGGCACGUCCUUCGUACCUGUCAACAUGGCUGUCAACUAUGUACAGCACAACAGAUUUUACCGUGAGGACACAGAGACCAAGAAGGUUGUGAAGCAAGAAGCACCCAAACCACGCCCACUUAAAGUAGGGGACACCGAGCCACCUGUCAUGGAAGAAACAUCUCAAACCAAGAAGAGGCCGGGUGAAAGAGCGACAGAUGACUUCCACUUUGAGAAGUUCAAGAAACAGAUGACAAGAAGAUUCUAGCAGAAAUGUAUCUAAUGUUUUCGAAAUAUUCAGAAUUUAAAACAUAUUUUUUAGUGUCUUGGAACACUUGGUUGAAUUCCAUGCAUUACACAUCGCACAAAUGUCUGUUUUCUUUUGUAGUAAAUAUGUCAGAGUGUACGCAGUUUGUGUAUGAAAACAGUGUUGAUAUGGAAGUUGCAUAAUGUAUUUGGAAUAGACUGUUUGUCAAGAUUGUAGUACUGGUAAUCAGCAGGUUGACUGUGUAAAACAUGUUUUAAUGUACAUUGUAACUUCCUAUCUUGUAACUUGCUAUCUUGAUGCAGAAAUAGUAGCAAAUACACUUUCAACGUUCAGGUAUGAUAAUUUGUACUCUCAUUAGUCUCAAAAUGGUACGAGAAGUGAAAGAAGCCACUAGUUGUGCAUUCCAAUUUUGGAUUUUCAGGAGUGGAUGGCUGUACUUUUAUUGCUAUAAAAUGUUGAUAGAAAAAAUAAAGUACAUAACGUAAAGAGGCAGAAGACAUGGUGGUUUGUGUUGAUUUUAUUGACUUUUCUAAACAGUCAAAGGACCUUUGAACUGUAGAAUGUAUACUAGUACAUGUAAUUCACAAUUAAACAGGUCCAGUUAGGUACCAAAUGUCCACAAAUGAACAAUAUUGUCAAAUUUGAGGUUGGACUCCAGGAAACAACUCAAUGAAGUGAGAUGAUACAUUUGAAACAAUAUAACAUGGUUCUACUGUCGACAUGCUAUAACACAUUAUAAAUGUUUAGAUCAACAUUUUCACAAUAAAACAACUUAACUUAAAGCA